UGACAGGUCUGCCCUCCAAAUAGUCGGUAUUUAUGUCGUUGUGGGCGAAAAUGGCGAGUGGCAACUGAAGUGAGAUUAAUAUAUGCGGCACCUGUGGAUUGUUUCUCUGUUGUUGUUUCUUUCUUUUUUCUUUUUUUUUUUUAAAGAAGCGAGUGAUAAUAACAACCUGCGCGUUUUAGGUUGCGUGAAAGCGGCGCAGCAGAUCAAGCGAAAGACGCCCUGCACAUGCGAUGCAUCUGUGAAAGUUUCUUAGAUCCGAAUUGCUGUCGCUCGGACCGGGAGGAGACUUUUAAUGGAUUUUUUAUGUGGGACCCGCUAGGAUGGACGUGGUAGAUGAAACUGAAGCUUUACAGAGAUUUUUUGAAGGCCAUGAUAUUACCAGUUCUCUGGAGCCAGCCAACAUCGACACCAGUAUCCUGGAAGAGUACAUCAGCAAGGAGGACGAUAGCACUGACAUCUGCUUCUCAGAGGUCCACAGCACCCCGGGACCAAAUUACUCAUCUCCACAAGCAGGAGUGUCUUCCUCAGGGGGGUUGGUGUGUGGCGUGAGCCCUCCUAUUCCCCUUCGCCAGGGAGUCCCUCCGCCUGGGCCUCUUAACUGUCCAAACGCGUACCCUCCAGGUCCAUCCCUGGGCCUCCGACACAGCUACCCCUGCCUGGGUCAGCAACAGCACCAGCAUCACCAGCAGCACCAGCAGCACCAGCAGUCGACUCACAUAAAGCCUGAGCAAAGAGGCCACUACGCCCCUGGGACUCUACCUGAGUCUCCACCAGACUCAAGCUCAGAGCCGUACUCCCCUCAGCAGGUGAAUGAUCCCAACAUGAUAAGGACCAUGACGCCGGAAAACAUGUGUCACAUGACCCCAACGCCACCCCUCCCACCGCACGGGCACUAUCCCAGCAUGCACCGGGACAUGUACCUGAAGCCCGAGCCAAUAAUAUCACAGUAUCCCAUCGGCCCGGUUACAAGUGCAGGUGGAGACCUGCAGCAGACACAGAUGCUCCACCAGCUGCUGCAGCAUCCGCAGGGGCAGGAUGGAAUUCCUGUCCAUCAGGCCAAAAAGAGGAAGCACUGUGAAUCACCCAACAGCACCCUCAAUUCCCAAAUCCUCACAGGUAUCAUCAAACAAGAACCAGGUUUGAUGCAGGAUGCAGACAACGGCUACUUGGAUCCCAACUAUCAGUGCAUCAAGUGGCAACCUCACCAGCAGAACAAGUGGACACCACUUUACGAUGCUAACUGCAAAGAGCUUCCCAUGCCAACCUACCGCGUCGAUGCUGACAAAGGCUUCAACUUCUCCUUGGCCGACGAUGCGUUUGUGUGCCAGAAGAAGAAUCACUUCCAGGUGACGGUGUACGUGGGGAUGCUGGGGGAUCCCAAGUAUGUCAAGACGAGCGAAGGCCUGCAGCCCAUCGAUUGUUUCUAUCUCAAACUCAACGGAGUAAAAGAUUGCAAGGUGGAGGCCAUGAACCAGUCCAUCAGUGUGGAGCAGUCGCAGUCGGACCGCAGCAAGAGGCCUUUCAAACCUGUUUUGGUCACGUUGCCCCCAGAGCAGGUCACAAAGGUCACAGUGGGGCGGCUCCACUUCAGUGAAACCACAGCAAACAACAUGAGAAAGAAAGGCAAACCAAACCCUGACCAGAGGUAUUUCAUGCUGGUGGUGGCGCUGCACGCUCAGUCCCACAGUCAGACCUACACUGUGGCUGCUCAGGUGUCUGAGAGGAUCAUCGUCAGGGUAACGUCCAGCCAUGCAUCCAACCCAGGCCAGUUUGAAAGUGACAACGAGGUGCUGUGGCAGCGAGGCCAAUUGCCCGACUCGGUUUACCACCACGGGAGGGUCGGCGUCAACACGGACCGGCCUGACGAGGCCCUCGUUGUCCAUGGCAACGUCAAAAUUAUGGGCUCCCUGGUGCAUCCGUCGGAUAUCCGAGCCAAAGAGAACGUGCAAGAGGUGGACACCACAGACAAUUUGAAGCGGAUUUCCCAGAUGAGGCUGGUCCAUUAUCAAUACAAGCCCGAGUUUGCUGCCACUGUCGGUAUAGAAACCACUGCAGAGACCGGAGUGAUCGCUCAGGAAGUCCAGCAAAUCUUACCAGAAGCAGUCAAGGAGGGCGGAGAUGUGGUGUGCGCCAACGGUGAAACCAUUCCCAACCUCUUAGUUGUCAACAAGGAGCGUAUCUUCAUGGAGAACGUGGGAGCAGUGAAGGAGCUGUGCAAGCUGACAGACAACCUGGAGACACGAAUAGACGAACUGGAGCGCUGGAGCCGCAAACUGGCCAAGCUGCGCCGCUUUGACAGCAUGAAGAGCACCGUGAGUGGAGGCACUAUCAGCCAGUCUGGAAGUUAUUUUAGCAGAACAGGAAGCGGCCCACUUAAGAGGAAGACGACAGUCAAACCUGGGAGCAAGAGCUCACUUCCAGACCAAGGCUGUAUCAGUCAUAGGUUCAUGCAGGCUACCAUCCUUGCCCUCGUCAUCGUCAUGGCUUUCAGUGUCAUUUCCAUGUCCAUUCUAUAUGUACUGACUCUUCAUCAUAGAGGAGAUGUCACAGAGAAAGAUGGUGUCUCUGUUGUUUACCCAUGUGGUCUCUACAUGUCUUGGAUGCCCUUCUUCACUGCCACUAUUACUUUCUGUCCACCUGCAUGUUCAUGGUCCAGAGCUGCACUAGGAUCCUCACGCAAGAGUCCAUUUGUUCCACAGCCCACGACUCCCACGCCAGCCUGCUGCCCAACCACAGCCUUGACUAACCAAUCAUCUACGAUUGUGACAUCAAAUAACAACCAAUCUACAUCAGACAACCUGGUCCCCACACCAGGCACCAUUAAUAAGAAGGCCAAGUCCAGAAUCAUGGACAAGGACGGACGCAACAGAAACCGCCUCAGUCACACGUCCACUCCACUGUACUUUGCCAAGUCCAAAAGGCCCACGUCGACAGACCAGGACGGGGCAGCAGCACCCAAUCGUCUCCCAGGUGGUCAGCAACCUACACCACGCAGACAGCGGAGUCUAUAUUUGAAUGGAGGAAGAUCAACUCCAUCCCUGGCUCGUCUUCAUAUUGUGGAAACCGAGCAAGAACUUACCACACAACAUUGCAAACUCUCCAAGAGCUGCAGCUACACAAUUUCUCUCAAGGGAAACACUAAUUCCUCGCUCUCACAACUCACAUUGCACAUGACGUCCACAGAUAUCGUGUGGGUCCAACAAUGUCGAGUCAUCAAAGGACACCUAUGUCCGAAUCACACUGAAACAGAACUGUAUGGUGGACAAAGGAGGUCAACGAAGGGGACUGAUCACUUGUGGUCAUUGCCUCUGCUGUCCUUCCAGGACAUCACCUACCACUUUCGUGUCUCUUCUAAGGAAAAAAGCUGCACCACUGAGGAAGAAACGUCCUACUCCGACUACCACUUAGUCAUCGAAAGCAGCUGCAAGUGAGAAGAGUGCCUCCUCCCCAGUUGUGCCUUUACAGCAAGCCAUCAGCGUCCCAUUUAGGGUUGAUGUGCGUUUUAAGCAUUAGGUGUGAUUAUUGUAAAUUAUUUUCAAAGUAAGUCAUGUAAAAACGAUAUGUUAUCUUUAAGACAUCUCUUUUUGCUGUGGUCCACACUGUUGUUUGUCACUGAACGUUUUUUUUUAUUUUUAUUAUUACUGUAAAUUGACAACUGUUUUGCAUCACAGCUGAAAGCCAUUGUGAAAUAAUGUUUGUAAGUUGACCGAUCAUACUAUAGUACAAUUUACUGUCAUCUCAACCAAACCUUUCAUACACUGGAGAGUCAAAAUAAUUAUUGGACCUCAAUAGUCCACACUGGUACUUUCUUGGCCUCUUUUGUUUGACUAUGUGACUAUACCAUACUGCACAUGCAGGUAUGAUACUAUCCUUUCUAAACAUCCAAACUGUUUAGAAAUGCAUCACUGCACAUUCCUAUACUCAAAGUGAUUUGUGAAGUCAUGCUAAUUUCAUUUAUGAUUAAGACUGGAUGAAUAUACGGUUGAUAACUGGAAAUCCCAUUGAGGAAUAUAAUGUAAUAUGUCCAACACUGACAAUAUUUCAAGAAAACACUGGAAUAGCUCACACUGUAAUUUGCUUAUGUUGGUGAGUUGAGAAAGGAAGUUUUGCUUUUCCAAUCAUUUCCCCAAAAUUAUCCAUCGCAACUCACUGCUGCUUCACCUUAAACUCACUUUAAAAAAAACUAAUUAAUCAAAACGCUGCAAGAGAGUUGCAUUAGAUAACAACACUGUUUUAAAAAAUAGUCCUUUGAGUCCAAUUUUAAUAUACAAUAUGUGAUAACAUAUUGACUAUAUUCUGUAAGAUAUUUGAUUUAAAAGCUUUUAUGUCUUGUUGUUGGUUGUUGUGCUUUUUGUUGCCCAAGCAUAUGUUCCACAAGUUCAAUAUAACAUAGGAAAAACAGCCAUCAGAAACAAUGUAUAUAUAUAUAUACGAUAUCAUAAGACAACUUAAAGCAACUCUUACUAUUACUAUUGUGUAGUAUAUUCUUGCUUAUUUAUUUAUAUCACACCAGCUAGCAUAAAUGAAACCACUCUAUGUAUGUAUGUAUAUAUAUAUAUAUAUAUACAUAUAUAUAUAUAUAUAUAUAUAUAAACAUAUCUCCAUCCAUUUUCUACUGCUUGUAUGAAUACACAUAUGUAUAUAUAUAUGAAUAUAUUGAUAUAUGUGUGUGUAUAUAUAUAUAUAUAUAUAUAUACAUAUAUAUAUAUACAGUACAUGUGUACCCCGCCUUCCGCCCGAUUGUAGCCGAGAUAGGCACCAGCGCCCGCCGCGACCCCAAAGGGAAUAAGCGGUAGUAAAUGGAUGGAUAUAUAUAUAUAUAUAUAUA